UUUGUUGAAGAAAAAAAGUUGUGAAUGACGAAGGUGUUAUUGAUUCUGACAUUGCCGAGCUGAGGGGUUGUUGUGAUUUUGUGUUUGUUUGAUGGGCAAUACAUGCCGUGGAUCUAUUGGAGGCAAAACUUUUCAGGGCUACACUCAGCCUGAAGAUAGUUCCUGCUCCACCAAUCAUAACCCUUCUUCCGGCAAUUCUUAUUCUUCUUCUGACAAUUUUUCUCCCACCAGUAACGCUCAACAGAAUAGCAAUCACAAGAAGGAGCAUUCUUUGUCUCUUGUUAGUCCCAGAAAAGCUAGAAUGAAUCGUUCCGGGAGUAAUCAGGCUUAUUAUGUAAUGGGUCAUAUGACCCCGAAUAUUCGCGAUCUUUAUACUUUGGGAAGGAAAUUAGGACAAGGGCAGUUUGGGACUACUUAUUUAUGCACAGAGAAUUCUACCGGUGCUGAGUAUGCCUGUAAAUCAAUCUCGAAGAGGAAGUUGAUUUCGAAGGAGGAUGUGGAAGAUGUUAGAAGGGAAAUUCAGAUAAUGCAUCAUUUGUCUGGUCAUAGGAAUAUUGUUACUAUUAAAGGGGCUUAUGAGGAUCCUUUAUAUGUUCAUAUUGUCAUGGAGAUAUGUAGUGGUGGUGAGUUGUUCGAUCGGAUCAUACAACGAGGACAUUACAGUGAGAGAAAGGCAGCUGAAUUGACUAAAAUUAUUGUUGGGGUUGUGGAGGCGUGUCAUUCUCUUGGUGUUAUGCAUAGAGAUCUCAAACCUGAGAAUUUCUUGUUGGUUAAUAAGGAUAAUGAUUUCUCUCUCAAGGCCAUUGAUUUUGGACUCUCUGUUUUCUUCAAGCCAGGACAAAUAUUCACAGAUGUUGUUGGUAGUCCAUAUUAUGUGGCUCCUGAGGUGCUUUUGAAGCAUUAUGGUCCUGAAGCUGAUGUGUGGACAGCAGGAGUCAUACUCUACAUACUGCUAAGUGGUGUGCCACCAUUUUGGGCUGAAACACAGCAGGGAAUAUUUGACGCAGUUCUGAAAGGGCACAUUGAUUUUGACUCAGAUCCUUGGCCAUUGAUAUCUGAGAGUGCAAAAGAUCUUAUCCGGAAGAUGUUGUGCAUGCAGCCCUCGGAGCGGUUAACUGCUCAUGAAGUAUUGUGUCAUCCUUGGAUUUGUGAAAAUGGUGUCGCUCCUGAUAGAGCACUGGAUCCUGCAGUACUUUCUCGCCUGAAACAGUUCUCUGCUAUGAACAAGUUAAAAAAGAUGGCUUUGCGGGUGAUUGCUGAAAGCUUGUCUGAAGAAGAGAUUGCUGGUCUGAGAGAGAUGUUUAAGGCCAUGGAUACUGACAGUAGUGGUGCAAUUACAUUUGAUGAACUAAAAGCAGGGUUGAGAAAAUAUGGGUCUACGUUAAAGGAUACGGAGAUACGGGAACUUAUGGAUGCGGCUGAUGUGGACAAUAGUGGAACUAUUGACUAUGGAGAAUUCAUUGCGGCAACUGUUCAUCUUAAUAAAUUGGAGCGCGAGGAACAUCUCAUGGCCGCAUUUCAAUAUUUUGACAAGGAUGGAAGUGGUUACAUAACGGUUGAUGAGGUCCAGCAAGCUUGUAUAGAGCAUAACAUGACAGAUGUUUACUUUGAGGAUAUUAUAAGAGAAGUCGAUCAGGAUAAUGAUGGACGAAUUGAUUAUGGAGAAUUUGUUGCUAUGAUGCAAAAAGGAAAUCCGUGUAUAGGGAGACGAACAAUGCGAAAUAGUCUGAAUUUGAGCAUGAGAGAUGCACCGGGAGCUCAGUAGCUUCUCAGACAGACAUCUCAAGUAGGUUGUACAGAAAAGAGGCCAGGGCAAUAGACUUUCAUCCAAAGUAACAUCCAGUACCUUCGAGUUUGCGUAGAAGAGGAUGAGUGAAAGACCCUAUCGGACAGCUCUAUGCUUCCACGAUUUGUUGUGAGCUUUUUAUUUAGGUCUUAGUGUUGAAAAUGUUCCAACUUAUGUGUUCAAAUUAGUUGAGGCUUUCGUUCUUGUUUCAAAUUGUUAAAUUAAGUUGUUUUAUCUUAUGAUGUCUUAUUCCAUGAA